AUUUUAAAUAUUACCAUUAUAUUCAUACCAUUUAUACAAAUAUGAAAAAAAACCAGUUAAAAAAAUAAUAAUAAUAACUUCAGCUCCGUCUGCCUGCUUUAGACCUUGUUAAUUGGACAAUGUGCCGGAUUCUGAACAUCCUGCUGGCUCUUCUGAGUCGCUUUCUUUUUGCGGUGCAUGGCAUCCUGACGGUGUGGCGUGUGGUGGAGGUGACAGGCGAGCCCUCCUAUUGGCUGCUGCUGACGGGUGUGGCACUGCUGGGGGUAGAGAUGGCCAUCACCAUCAAAUACACACGCAAUGCUGAAUGGAAAUGGUUCUCACCUAUGGUGUUUCUAUAUCUGAGCACUGUGAUUCCCUCGGUCUGGUUCCUGGAACUGAACCUCCUACAGUCCAAUUUGCCCAUCAACUCCAGCACAAACUCUGACCCGCAAUUCUUCUCCCAGAUCGCGCUAACAACGGGGUUGGCAGAACUUGAUCCUGAGAACUGGGUGGAGGCUCUUGAGCAGACCAUGCUGAUCGUUUUGGUUCUGGGCCGCUGGCUGAUGCCGAAGGGUGACAUGUCACGUGACCAGCUAUCCCAGCUCCUUAUGGUUUACGUGGGGCUUGGAGCGGAUAUCCUGGACAUAUUUGACACGUUUAAGGAGCCACAAGUGAAGACCAAGCAGGCCGUGAUUAUUGUUGGGCUAAGUUUGUUCUCCUGGGCCUUGAUGCAGUUUCCUCUUGUUCUUACCCAGACCAGCCGGCCCAAGGUCCAGGUGGAGGAUCAGUCAGAGACCGCCCAGCUGGGGCGAGCUGGCUUGACAGUUUCCUGCUGCUCCAGUGAAGUCUGGAGUCUUCUGCUAACGGUGGGUCUGCAGGAUGGACCAUUCCUGAUUUACCGCCUGUACCUCAUGAUACGUGAGAAUGUUCUGAACCAGCUGAUGAUCUUCUUCACGUGCAAAAAUAUCCUAAUUGUUUUGCUGGAGGUCUACAGGAUCUGUGUUAUCCACUUUGAGCAGAGCAAUCUGAGAAGUGGAACUGAGUCAUGUGACCCAUCUCAUGAACAUUCAGAAUGGACUGAUGGAGAAGCUAUAGAAUCCAGCUGUCAGGAAUAGAUUAUAUUCACACUUAAUGAAAAUACUGUCUGUAUUUUGAAA